CGCUCCGCUCCAGCAUGAGAACAAUCAGACGCCCCAAAGCACUCACAAGACAGCUCGUGCUAUAAGUAACGCUGUAUAGUAGUGCUAUAUUAGUUGGUGUCCAGCGACUAAAGCGCCUCGCAACUCAGUUGCACGAUAGCGUGCGUCUUUUGCAUCGGUGCCUUCGUGUUGGCGGUGAACAUCCGACCUCCAGCGGUCACUAACAACCGACAAGCAACCACCGACCUACCACUUCCAACCACGAAAAGGGGCGAAAGAGCCAAUGAAAGCUAUUCGCUAUAACAAAUCCUGCUCAAACGCAGUUGUUGGCACUUCAGCACCUAUUCUUUAGGCGUAGUCAGUAUUGUAGCAGUAGUGCUUUAAAGGUCACACUUAACAGACGAUACAUGGAAUUUUUGUGCACAGCUGCGACAGCGGAGAGACUUCAGCAGCGGCCGAUGACGUUCAUCAAAGAAAUUCUUCUGUGCGUUAAACACACUUGCAUUCGCGCGUACGUUGCUCAUGAGGUUGCUAAACUUCCUGCAGCGAGUGGCAAGCGAAUGCUUCGUUUGUUUCGCGAGUGAAAUGCCGCAUUUGACUCCCCGACGGCUCCAAGAAAUUCUGAUUCAUUCUUUGCAGCGUUUUUGAAAAGGCAGCUGCUGUUGCUUCUGACAAAAGACCCCGUACUGAGAUUUCCACGUGCCCAAAUCACUUGCUGCUCUGGGUACUGUGCAGGCCCUUCUGAUGCGACACUGACGCCUUUGCGAGCGGCCUUUCGGGAGUGCAAGGCAGAAAGAAGCUUCACUUUCAAAUAUUGAUCUGUGUCUAGCUAAGAAAUGGUACUAGCGGAGAGUAUCAAAAGGGGGGAGGCAGGGAAAGGCAGAGGCAUCGCAGGUGAUAUAUGGCUUUUGGCUCAAAGCCACUUCUGCAAGUUUGUCGUGGCGUCGUUGAUGGUGUUUGCCCUCAUGCAUUGGUGCUUGGAUAUGACACAACUCAAGGAAACAAUGACGAGGGCUUCGCUCCAAUUUUCUUGGCAUUCGGAGGUCAUCAACUCAAGUGGAAAAAACGACGAAAAGUCUCUUGACCUUAAUGGUGUUCCUAAGGAUGUUCUAACCGAUAGCAGGCGAUCAAACGUGUCAUCAAUGAAUAUUUGUCCACUAAUAUCGCCUAACUUGGUCGGCAACAUCCCAGUCAGGAUGGAUGUGCCUUCUCUCGAGGCUGUAGAAAACGAGUUCCCGGAAGUAAUGAAAGGAGGGCGUUUUCGGCCGAAGGAAUGCACUUCGAGACACAGAGUUGCCAUACUCGUUCCCUACAGGAAUCGCGCCGAGCACCUCAAAAUAUUUAUCUACAACCUCCACAAAGUACUCUCUCGGCAGCAGAUAGACUACGGUGUCUUCGUCAUUGAGCAGGGUGAUGACGCUGGCUUUAACCGAGCGAAGCUGCUCAACGUCGGCUACGUCGAAUCGACGGCCCUGUACGACUACCAGUGCUUCGUAUUCCAUGACGUCGACAUGGUCCCUCUGGACGACAGGAACGUGUACACGUGCCCAGAACAGCCGAGGCAUAUGUCCGUCAACGUCAAUAACAAAUCCACAAUUUAUUAUUCUUAUUUCUUUGGCGGAGUGAGUGCGGUCAACAAGGAGCAGAUGCUGCGCGUCAAUGGCUACUCCAAUAAAUACUGGGGAUGGGGAGCUGAAGACGACGACAUGGCUCACAGGCGAGUUCCCUUGCACUCUAAGCUAGGGAGAGACCAAAACUUUCUUUUGGAACUUAGAAAACGCUCCAACCAAAUAAGAAUACCGUUGAUGAAUUGUUUAUGCUCUCUAGUCCUAAAGUAAAGAAAUUUCUACUGAAACAAUGAAAGAGGGAAUUUUUCAGCAGAUGAUGAGAAUGUGUGGCAGGUUGUAUAGAUUAGGUGUUCGAAGUGAUCUGUGUGCAAAUAAGGAGAGCGAAUGUACCUAGAGCGGACAACGCUUAAAGAAUAGGUACCCUACCCAAGUUCCCCCGACUACUCAUACAUUGUUUUUGUGCUAUUGAGAGAAACAGACAGGGAAUGGGCAAACAAAAUUGGCCGCCAUCCUGCCCUGCGAACGUGAAUGUCCAGCAAAGCUGUAUCAAACACCACACAUGGUCGAGCAUUGCAUUCACGCUGCUCUUCUGGUGUCUUUAAUUUCCGUGCUCUACCCGUGGCAGUCUUAGAAUGAACUCAAUGAGUUGCUAGACGGGUCUCCCUUUUAUAUAUGAAAGCAU